UGAAUGAAGUGCCUUGGAAGUGCUCUCACCUUUCUGACAUAACGUAUGCCCAAGAUUUACAAACAAAUGGCGAACACGGUUGGAAUUUCGAUUGAGUUUCGAACUGAUUUUGGUUUGCUGUCAUGUAAAAAGAAGUUAACAGAAAAUAAUAAGAAUUUAAUUGAAUACUGAUAAAAUUACUUCAUUUUCAAUUCCAAAAAUAUGAAAAUAACUGAAAAAUGGCAAUGGUGUCGAGUAGGAACCUUCUCAUUUGAUUGGUUAUUCAAUUUCAAUCCAACGUUGAUAGUCGAGUCAGCUGUGGCUGAAAACCGUCACUUUUCAAAUUGAAAAAUUGUCAGUACUAUAACUACUAAGAGACAGUAGGUCGUAAGAGUUCUCUGGGAAAUCACUUUGUUUUUUAGUUUCUUUACCUAAGUUUUUAAGUUUAAGUGAAAGUGCAUUUGAUCAUCAAUACAAGAUGACUGACAUAGAGGAAUUGGAGGUUAAACAUUCAGAUGAUGAAGUUGAGUGUUUUUUGGACAAUGAAGUUUUUUUUGGUCCCGUUACUGAAAAAGAAAAAGAAAUAAGGAAACCAUUACCUAGGAAGACACUUCACCCAUGUGAAAUAGCAGAGAUUUCUAAAAGGGGUAUGACGUUUCAUGAAUGGGAAGCCUUCAAAGAUCAAGUCCACAGAAACGAAAUGAAUGACAAAGCUAUCAUUGAAGUCUAUGGUUUGGAUGCAGAUACAACAGAGGAAUCUUUCACUAGUUGCCGCACUUCAGCUGAAGAUGGAACUAAACAAGUUUCAUUUGAGGUGGUGAAUCUUGAUCAUCCAGACAGUGUUGAUUCAUUAUCUGAAUCAUUGACAGAACAACACUAUGUGGAGUCUUUUUCUGAAUCAAGCAUUAGUCAACCAUGUGAAGAACUUCAGUCUGAAUCAGCGAUUGAAACAAGUCAAAAUGAAAUUUCUGGAACUGAAGAGCUGAAUGACACAUGGGAAAUCCAAGAAAGGAUGCUCUUACUUGCAGAAAAACUGGAGCGUGGAGAAGAUAUUCCAGAACUAGGCAUUUGUCGUCAUUCUUCGGGAGUUGUGGAGUAUACAACAAGGGUGAGCAAAUCUGACAACAAAGAAAAUUCCAUUAUUACGGCUCCUUCCUCCACCCACCAUUUCCAAGAUAUCAGGGUAAAUGAAGAAGAAGAUUGCAAGAUAUUUAAGAAUGAAGAUCAGAUCAUUGAAGAUGUUGUAAACAAGAAAAUUAAUCCAGAGAUGUCAACAGCAAAAUCUCCUGGCAAAAAAAUCAUAGCUUGCGCCGUUGAAGAAAGAAUAACGAAAUCAGUGGAAGCAUUGGCAAAAGAAAUGGAUUGUCUGUUUUUAGCUGAUUCGACUCUAGAAACACCCGUAAAGAAAGCUCCUCCAAUGGUCAACAAUAGCCUGACCCUCGCAUCAAUGCCUGUGCCUUCUUCUUCCCACAAUGUGGAAACUCCCAUAAAGACACCGUCUGGUUUGGGCGUGAAACACCGCUCAACACCUAUUCAAAAUGAGAGUGUGAAGAGAUCUGCGACGAAACCAAACGUGCGACCCAAUAAGAACACGGUUGCUGAAAGUCCUGUUGGAAUGUACAUUCGCAGUUUGCCGGAACCAAUAUUAAUUGAAAAUGUUCGUUCGGCUCAGAAAAAGAAGCAGAUACACAGUAGUCCCAUGGUCAAACCAGUGCCGGUUGCCAUUAAGAACAAAGACGGCCGCUGGAGUGUAGCUCGGACACCAAAAAGCAGCAAUGCUUCAUCCAAGGAGAAUCGUCUUGAAGCAAACAACUUUGCUGAUUUUAAACCAGUCCUUCCUUGCGUUGUACACGAAGCUGCUGCCACUCUGAUUGAGGAGAGACCUGCUCGUUCUCCGCAUACAAUGCCAGGAGCAGGAGGAAAAAUAGGAAAGUUAAUGGAAAGGGGUCCCACACCUACAGUUAUGAAACAUCACGGUCGCAUUCAAAUCCCCAGAAAUACGACGAACUCAGCUAAAAUUAUUCAUUCGCCUAUGUCUGCACGAGUUGAAUCGUCUAGUGCCCUGAUGGAAGUAUCCGUCCUUGAAGCUGUUGGAAGUAACAAACUUUGCACACCGAAUAGAAAUCCUGCAUUAUUUCGUAAAUAGUUUGAAAGAAACACUAUUUUAUUCACUUUCUCAAAAUUCCCUCAUUUUACUGAGCGUUUCCCUGUUGAACAAGUGACUGUGUUGUCCUUAAUAAUUGAUAAACAAGAAGCUCCCCAAAUCGGCACUAAAAUUCACGUCUCUUCCUAUCUGCCAUAUAUCUUCUAUUAUGAUUUGCUCCUCGUGUCUUAUUUUCAGUUUUGUGUCGUCGAGCCACGAUAGUUUCCUUCUCCUGCCCUUGACCUCGUGGUCCACCUAAAUCACAACCAUAUUCGAAUUUAAAAAUAUUUUACCACUGAAAACAAUUAACGCUCUAUUACCAACAACGUUUCGCUGCGAAGGUGCAGGGCCGGGUCUGUAAUUGCCACGUCUGCUCAAUCGCCUUUGCUCGGCUAGAGCUCGCAUUUCUUCUGGAUUUGUUACAAAGUGAUCCCUAGGCUUUUCUUCAGUCUGAUUGUAAUUCUCUUCUUCUUCUUCCGAUUCUUCCUCCAUUUUCGGUCGUAAAAUACGAGGUACAACAAAUGAUCUGCGUAAUUCAUCUUCUCCGGUGUGUGCAUCUGGCUCUUCAGAACCAACAGCAUGUCCAUCGUAGGUGUCAUCGUAUUCAUCUUCAUACUAAUUGAUAAAGUAGAAUCAUUGAAACGGUUGAAACUAAAACAACAAAAUACAUACUUCGGCAGCAAGUUGUUCGUCUACACGAUCGAGGAUAAUAUGUUUCAUGUCCUGCUUGUCGUUCAAAAGCUCCCGCAUUUCAUUGAAAUGAACGGUUCUGAAAAAUUUCGUUUGUCAUAAAAUUAAAAUAAACGAAGAAGUUUUACCAUUAA